CCAUUCAGUCGCCAUCAUCCACCUAGCUAGUCAUUAUAUGACGGGGGAAUGUUUGCGUGUCGAUAAAAAUCGCGGAAAAUUAAAUACAAAAAUAGAAAGUAAAUUAUAAACGGUCAAUAUAAUUGAAAGAAAAAGGAUACGCGAAUCGAAUGUUCCAUUGUCAUUAAUGUGACUGCGGUUUGAAUUAUGGUACUAAACCAGCUAGGUUCGAUUGAUUUGGGACCACUCGAUGAUGGCCUUCAAGAUCUGGGACUGCCCGUUCCGGUGCAGACAUUCCUAUGGGGUCAAAUAGCACCGUUCAUACGACCUAAAUUAGGGAAACUUCACGAGGCAACAUGUAUGUUUUGCCAACAUGCACCUGGCCAUCAUGAACUCAAGGAGGCAUGCAAAUCGUUCGAAAAAGUCCUGGUCCAGAACAUCCAUUUCGGCUUAUCUAUUCCAUUCACAUCGGCAUUGGAGUCAAUAGGACGCUGGCGAUUAGUACAAGCGGCAUUACCGCAUGUGAUGCAUUGUGCAGCAGCUUUACUUCACAAUCGUGUGAAAGAUCUGCAAACACUGGGUGCGGCAGAAACGAAACUACUAUACACACUUCACUGGAUUUUGUUGUUUGCAGCCGAGGAAUGUGCCGAUGAAGAUAUGGACAAUAUCAAGCGAAACAAUGACAAACGUGCGCCUUACUUAUUUUCAAUACCUACGAUUUCGUUGUUCGUCUAUUUAUUUGCUCCGAUAGCACAUCACCUAAAAGAGUCAGACUUUCAAAACUAUCGCUUGGAGAAUGGUAUUCGUUUGUGGCAAGGAAUGUGGGAGUAUAAAGCUCCGGGAGCUCCGUGCUUCACGGCACCAGUUAAGCCGAAAGCUCGUCAGUUACUCAGUCCGACAAGUCCACGGGGCUCGAUCGAAGUUUUUAGAAAACAAUCAGAAAAUACGCCGCUUAGCAACGACUCUCCGCAAAGCACGUCGCUAUCAGAAGCUAUGAAACAUGAUGACGAUGGUUCAUGGGUCUCAUCGCCAAAAGAUUGCGUGUUUCCGGAAACUAUUCCCGAAGAAGUGUCAAGUGUGGAAGAAGAACGCGUCGUCAUAUUUCGAUUGCCGACAUCGUCGUACUCGUCAUUUUACACGGCCGAUGCCAGUCUGCUUCAACAAUCUAGCGGACAGAAACCGUUCAACAUCAAAGAUAUUCACGAAAAGUCAAUAAACAAUACGACUAACAAAUUCAAUUUCGAUCACAUUGAUCCGGAAUCAAAAGCAGCGCACAAAACUAAAGAUACAACGCCAAAAAUUAGCACAUCCACCGAAAAGGAUUCCAUGGAUGAAAGUUACAAAUCGCAACCUCACAGCAAAUAUGACGUCUGUGCUGCAACAUUUCUGGAUGUUGCCGUUCUUCGGUGUCUCUUUAUAUCGCAUUGGCAAGAAGAUGGCGUGUAUUGGUGCCUGCAUUACCUGUACAGCCGACUGCGCGAAAUGAGCGAAGAAGCUAUACCAGCACAGCCACAGCCGAGGCGCCGUUCAAAUUCAUUACCCAUACCACACAUUGAGAUAUCAGUAUAUCAAGGUCCAGGCACGAACAGUCGGGACAGUCCCACUGGCAGUUCAAUAACUAAAGAUUUUAUUGAAAUACCCGAUCAACCGGUUUCGGCGUUGGUAACAGAAACGCCAGCCGACCUUCCAUUUUGCCAACCCCGUAGCGAUGACAGUGUAUCGACGGGAAGGCGAGCGAGCGAGAAAAAACGUCGUGUUAAAAUGGCUGAUCUGAGGAACUUAAUUGAAACGAGAAUGUUUUCCAAAUCGGAAAGAACACUGGAAAAAAUUGGCAUGGAACAUGAGCCUGUUACACACUGCAAGCCGCUGGAAAAUUCGGAGAGCCAUCGAAGUCUGGAUACUGGGGAGGUACCACUGACACUGUUAUCAAGAGAACCAAAAUCGAAUUUGGUGAAAGGAAAAAGUAUGCCAAGCCUGAGCUGUCUUCUUGAUAGCGGAUUUUGCAGGUAUGUGGAACCUCCACGAGUCAUUCGUGAAUCGCAAUCAUCUGAACCGAAAACGACGUUCUACGCUCGAAAUCCGAUUAUAACCGUGACUGAGCAUACACCAACUCCGUCACCGGAAUAUAUGCGUCGACAAGGAUCGUACGAUUCACAAUUGGAUGCACUUAGCAAUACGGGCAGUGGUAUCUGCUUUCGUAGUCAAAUGCUGAGAUCACAAACAGAUUCACACAUCGAUUACAGUGGAGCUGAUGAAAGUGAAGCGCCUGGGUCAUCGUUUUAUAUAACACGUGAGGGUGGAAUCGAUUUCGAAAUUGUGCUAUUGGCUGUGUACACGGUGUUCAAGCGAGAUUCCAAUAUUUGUUCGUUGAGAGUGUUGGAAACUGGAUUGAAUAUCUGUGAAUUGUUGAUGGAUUUGGGUGUAAUGAAAUUGGGCGAACAUGCCCAUAAUCUCUGUAUGGGUACUCUAAAGAGGACGCUGUUACAUUUAGGAUGUCCACACGGAUGCAACGAUGGAAUCCGUGGUCCACCCGCUGAGUUUCUACGAACCCAAGUACAGACUAUUCUUUCACGAAUGCUUCGUCAAGCAUCGUCAGCGUCGCGGAAGUAUCUUCGAACUAUGGUUAAAACAACGCAACUGCAUGAACUAAUUGAAUUUUUCCAUGCAUUUGUUGGAUUUUGUGUUGAUCCGAGUUCAUUGCUGUCGCCAUUGAAAGCAUUUAAAUAUACGAAAAUUUAUUCAACCAACUUUGGUGUCGGAGUGAACAGUGGAGCAGAAAGUCAAGUUAUCGCUGCUGUGUUUAAGACGUUGAUUAGUCGAUUUGUUGAAUCGUUUAAAGAGUUGAAAAGCCAAGAGAAUAUCGCAUUGUAUUGUGACGUUCGACAGCUGGUUACUUAUGUAAAAGGAGCCCAUGGUGGACCAUUUCGUUUGACUUGUCUCAGUGGCAUUAUGGCAGUUACACCAAGACCUCAUAAAAAGGCGGCCAACAUGCAAACAACCCGAGUAAUCAGACAUGUUCAAACUAAUUACGAAACGACCAGCUAUAACCAGGAAGAAACCAGAAGUCAACGAAAAUUAUUUUUUAAGAAACGCAGCACUUCCUCCACUUGUGCCAGUUUAUUGGAAGCAGAAGGUAUCGAAGAUCAGUAUCGAGUGAGCCAGAGUCCGUUAAGUAAUCUUCGUCGGAAAGGUGCCACUAUUCGGCCAACGUUGACACCGCGUCACAGUGAACGGGCCCUACUGUCCGAUUCCACAUCGAGUUCCGAACGAAAUUCGGUUGGACGUUUAAGCGGAAUCGUACGAUGGUUUAAGGGAUCGUCUAAAGAGCGUUGUUCCAUUGAUCUAGAAUCGGGCGUUGGUCCUGAGUUAGCUGCAUCGUUUAUACGGCAUGGAUCGUUAAAGAUUCAAGGACGAAGAGCCGGCGAAGGGCUGGGAAGGUCGUUAUUGAGAGCUAGAAGGCGUGUCGAAAGACGACUUGGUAGAAUUGGAAUCGGAAAGGGGAAGAAGAAAGUUACUGGCACUGAAGAGGUGGCUGGAAGUUACUUCAGUCGGCGAAGUUCAUACGAUUAUGGUGAGGGACCAAGAGAGUCUGAAGUUGUUGUGUUGAAGGAAAGGAGAUUGGUUCCGCUGAAACCGGUCCGUGAAGGCAUGCAUCGAUUUUCUUUCUUGCUGGAAGUAUGUAAUCCUGGUACUGUUCCGGAUGCUCAACUCGUUGCUGCUAUUUUGGAUUUGCCUCAAGCACCUCUUGUAGCAAGAGCAGCCUUACUACUCGAAUGUGCCCACUUCGUACAUCAAUGCAAUCGCGGUCAAUGGCCAAGCUGGAUGAAGCAAAAUAUUCCACCAUUUCGUCCGUCUGGUGUUCAUAUCGGUUCCAGAGUUCCUCUGGCAUCCGGUGCCCGUCGCAGUCACAACCUACAACGAGCAGCCGGUAAAAUGUUCUAUCAGUGGGCAGAGGUUAUCGGUGCUCGUUUAGAUGAAAUGAUAGCAGCUGAAAAGAUCAUGUUCGAUCAAGUCAACAACACAUUAUCGGACGGCGAAAGGCAAAAGGAACUUUUAUCUCAAGAUGAAGAGGAAGAUUUUCUGGACGAAGCCUGCGUGAAUCCACACGGAAAUGAUUGUCCACCGGCCUUGAAACUAGUUGCAUGCGUACUUUUAUUUGAAAUAACGGCCUUUUUAAGAGAAACUUAUCAGACACUGCCAAAGGCAUCUAAAUUAUCCACCAAAGAGAAACCGGCACCGUGGGAGAAAGUCUAUCGCGAAGCAAAUCGCAGAUGGAGCAUGGCUUUGAGUUCGAUGGGACAUUCUCAGACCUCUGCUCAGAGCCUACAGUCGAUCGCCGGUGGUGAUGCGGGACAAACGGAACGAAAAAUUUCGUUUGUUUUACAUGAGCCGGAUAAUGAGUCGGAAGGUAGCAGCAACACGACGCUAACCGUACCAGGAGAGGAAAAUAAUACUCCAACUUCUGAAAAAACUUUAGGAAUUCAACAACGUAGACCUGUUGUACCUGUUCGUCCAUUUCUUCUGAGACGUGGUACAUCGGGAGCUCCGACUGGCGGGUCAUUCAAACGUCGCUCAUUAAAACUAAGACGUGGAACGAAGGAUGGGAAGGAUAUCGAGGCCGACUUACGCAGAACUGAUUCCAUUCAAUCGAGAAGAAAAGUGUCAUCCCUUUCCGAUCGAAGUGAUACGUCUGAACCGGGUGCAGCUAGUGGUGGAGAAGAAUCUCCUGGAAUUUUAAGCGACGAGCAACCGCCCGAAUCACCUAGCGAUUCAAAUGAAACCGAUGACACGGGAAAAAAUCUGCCAUGGAUGCGCCCCGUUCUCCAACUAAUGAAUUCGUUCAACUAUUAUUGCACACACCAGAAUUUUUGCCAUCCGUACUGUUAUCGACGUCACAUGAGGGCAUCCACAAGACUUAUAAAAGCUGUUCGAAAGGUGUACGGUGAAGAAUUUGGAGUUAUUGCAAAUCAGGAUGGACUGGCUGGCAAUAAUCGAGGUGAUAGACGAAGAGACCGAUCUCGAAGCCGUAAGGUGUCCGACCAGAGUUCCAUACAAACGUCUCCGAAACGAAAGGAAAGUUUGGCGAAAAAAGAAAGAAUUUUACAUGACGAACCUGAUCUGGGCUUGCCGAACCAUGGAAUGUCGACUCCAUCGUCGAAAAAGGAAAACACGGCAGUGUAUAAGUACAUCAAAAAUCAUGUACGGAAUAUGUUUCACAUUCCGAUGGCAGCAUUGAUUAAAGGUGCUGCGACAUUGAACGAAGAAUUUUUCACCGAAGUGAUUCCGAUUGCCUGGGAAUUGUUACUGGAAACUGAUCAGGAAACAGCAGCCAACUCGGCCGCUUUAUUUGUCAUAGCAUCGGUACGGGCUCCGAAUUUCGCUUCGGAUAUUAUGCAGAGAGCAUUGAAGCAUAAAGACCCAGACGUUCGGAUCGGUGCAAUUUUACGGUACCAAGUACUGUGGAAGUGUCGCUUUCAAGUUUGGCCCCGAAUGGAAGAAGGUGCUCACGUUUCGUUUAAAGUGCCUCCGCCGGGCAUUGAAUUCACAUUGCCAUCGCCAAAAAUUGGUAUCGAAAGUUUACCGGUUGUGGAUCCACCAUGGUGUCCCAGACAGAAAACCAAAGACAUGGAAGUCACUUUGAAUCAGGAAAGACAUAGGUCUUUGGUUACGGCGACUAAAACGCGUAAAAAACAACAAACCGAGGCUAUUCGACAUGCUAUACAGCAACAGGAGGACAAACAGCGCGCUGAGCGACAGAGUUUUCUUUUGACGACCAUACCGAUAACACAGCAAGCGUCUCACGAACCGGGACUCGAUCAUGUUCCCGGCGAAGAUCAUGCCGAGGAGGAAGAAAAUGAUGGCGGACGAACUGCUCAGCCACAUUUACAUGCGGCUCAUUCACUGUUUCCAUCGGUACUGUGCUACUCGGUGAUGCAAAUUGUUGCCUGUUUGGACGAUGCUGCUGUUAGUUCGGAUGGAUGUGCGGUUUAUGAAAUUGCUUAUCAGGUUAUUUGGGUGUGCUUGGUAGAGGAUUCUGCUCUAUUCUUGCGCUACGUUUUAGAGCGUCUGACUAGAGAUCGUCAGGAUCAAAUGUUUAAGUUGCUGAGACAUUUAAUACGUUUCGUGCCAAGAUUGCCACAGCAGGCAGCGUUUGCUCUCUACAAUUACAUCAUUGGAUAUGUGAUGUUCUACGUUCGAUCGUCACAUGAAUGCAGUCAACAGUUGGUUGGAGCUGCUUUAAGCGUCCUAUGGAUGGUCGUUCACAGCGUACACGGAAUUAUGUUCAAGGAUUUGAAGCAGAUUUUGCGCAAGGAACAAUGUGAUGCAUCGAUACUUCUUACGGCCAAUGUUCCAUCGGCUAAGAAGAUUAUCGUUCAUGGACCGGAAGAUGAAGGCGGAAUCCCAUCACAGUUUCCCGUCCAAGAGGACACUCAAUUCUGUCAACUACUUCGCGAAUCGUUGGACUUUUUCGGAAUCGAAGAAAAGUUUCACAGCCAACACUUCCUUGUCGACUACAAAAGUCAGAAAAUCCUCAACCCAAAUUGGUACGUUCGCGAUCUGUAUUUCUUCAAACGUUCCCAAUAUCCGCAAUUGCGACUCAUCGAAAUGCGUACCGACGAAGCGUUCAACGCUCUGCAGAAACAGGAACUGAUCAAGAAAUUCGUCGAAAUCGGCAAAGUGCAUCUGACAUGGGCUAUUCUAAAAAAUGUUGACAUGGUCGUACAGCGUGUUGUGUUCUUGCACGAAGAACUGAUGAAAUUGCCAUCGUUUCCGCGGAAAGCGUUGGAGGCGGAUUUGGAUCUGUGCAAAGGAGGAGAAUUCGGGAAGGAGAUCCUUGGGUUGGAUGUGCUGCAUAAAUUUAUGUGGGUGCGUUUAAUAGCUCGGAUGUUCGAAGCGAUGGCUGGAAAUUUCGCCUACUCGGCGGAUAUUCAAUUGUUUUUGAAUGUGCUGUCUGGAGCGGCUAUUUUACAUUCAACAGACGCAUGCAUUAUGAGAUACGUGAUGGCGACGUUCAUCAAUGCAGCAUUUAAUUUCAAAAAUAUUUUCUCUACCAACGGAUACUUCAUGAUAAUGCCGACACUCCUUCAAGUCUAUUCGCUGCAUCAAACCAAUAAAUUGGUCACAACGACUAUCGAGUAUGCGGUCAAGCAAUUCUAUUUGAUGAAUCGAAAGCCGUUCAUCAUGCAAAUGUUUGGAAGUGUGUCUGCCAUUCUUGACACGGACGAAGAAGGCACUUAUGGCGAAGCGCAUAAGGUUCAGUCCAGUUGCUUGUUCAAUUUGUUGCUCAGCUUAGAAACACCAUCCCCCGAUCCGUUAAAUAUUGCCGAAUUGGUCAAAGAACCGAAACCAUUGAAGGCAAUCGAUUUUUGCUAUCACGACGAAGACGAAAUGGUCACUGUCCUCGAUUGUAUAACGCUGUGCGUGAUGGUUGUGUCUUACUCGGCUGAAAGUACUCGAGGAUAUCAGAUGUUGAUUAUUUUGGAGGCGAUACUACCCUGUUAUAUGCAACAAAUUCAAUUGCCCACGUACAUUCAGUGCGAAAGCAAGUCGGAACGUGAAAUUAUUUUGCAAUUGGCUGUCGCUGUUAGAACCAUGGUUCACAACUCGGAGGGACUGUCCAAGAGCUAUAACGGACCGUAUCGAAAUAGUCCAGAACACAAAGGAUCUAGCCAGAGAAAUUGCAGCCGUGGGCCACCGUGCUCGCCUGGCCUAGACUUUGAAGAUGACUCACACUCUCGUUAUGUUAGCGACAUGGGACGCAACAAAACCAUGAUGGAUAAUGCAGAAGAUUCAGAAAUGAUCAGGGCCGAAUAUCGUCGACCGCGAGACGUAUUGUUAUCUGUUGUUGGUGAAUUUAUUAGUCGAGCAUCGACUCGACUGGGUGAAUUGGCUAAAAAGUAUCCAGGCGAUGCGAAAAGUGUCGAAUUAUUGGACGUAAAGUGUCACGUACGAUUGGCCGAUAUUGCUCACUCGUUGUUAAAAGUCUCACCAUACGAUCCGGAGUCGAUGGCAUGCAGAGGUCUGCAAAGAUAUAUGCAAUGUAUUCUUCCACGUGCUGAGUGGGCAGACGAUGCUCUACGUGCUGCACUAGUGACAAUUCUUCGACGACUCGACAAAGUUUUCUUGAAAAUAUCCAAGAAGCCGUCGAUACGACGUAACACAGAUUGGGAAGCAGCCGGAGGCCUACUUAAAGGCAUCCAUGAAACCAUCAUUCGUCAUCCGUAUGUACUACAUUGGACACAAAUUAAAACACUGAUCAGCACGGCACAAAAUCUCAUUGUCAAUGAGCCGGGUUCCACUCCGGAAGGUGUUUCUAGUGCCGCCAACGCGUUAAUGUCUCAGAAUCCUCCGGCCUUUUUCUGUUCGACUGUCGUACGUUUGGUGGCAUUGCAAGUGGUUAGUACCGUGGAAUCGUUUUCGUUGGAACACAUUUGUGGUGGAAGCUCUGAAUUUCCGUCACAAGAAAAAGCUGAAGGAUUUCUAAUGCAUUUACUGAUUCCGUUGUGUUUGAAAGUGUGCAGCGGUAAGGGUGUUGCUGAUAUGGGUGAGUUGAAGCAAGCGGAUAUUGGAUUCUUGGUGUCUGCAACUUUGAAUGCAAUGAGUCCCAUAGCGGGUAGAACUGGUCAGACAGGCACACAGGUCAAUCGCACCGGUGGCGAUCUUCGAGCAGGAAGUCUAACAUUUACAGGAAGUCGAGAUGCCAAGCGACCAGCAAGAAUUUCUGGUUCUCUUUACCAAGCAACAUUUUUAUCGCUGAGAAUAUUGUGCAUUUGUUUCGAAACACGCAUGGCAAAGGAAUGGCCCAGAAUUGUCCGAAUAAUGAGAGAUUUAGGACGUCGCAAUGAAGCUGCUCCCGAGCUAUGGAGUUUUCUCGAAUUUACUGUGACACAUCGCACUCCGUUGUACAUCGUACUGAUGCCAUUCAUUCUUCACAAGAUCUCUCAACCACCGAUCGGCGAUCACGAACGACAUAUGCAAUUCCUUAUUCGUGAACGUAUGCGAGGCAUGCCGGCUCCGAAUAGCAUCAAAUCUCGAGGAGCAUUACUUUUAGAAUUAGCGAGAGAACUACGUGAUCUCAGAGAUGAAUUAGAGGAGAGACGCUAUGAAAAAGAAGUCCCAGAGCCUACUAAAAGGGAAGUGUCUCAAGUAACUCUUCCUGCUGCAGAAAUUCCCAAACAUCAGCAACGCCCAUCACUAAUAUCACUAUUUACCGGAGCUGGCGCACAACAACAGCCUUCAUCUCAUGCGUCUUCGAUUCAGUUGGACUCGCGAUCGGGAACGUUAAUCGGCACGCCCAGUGAUACACUAUCUCAACAAGCUCUACAUCCACCACGCGGUGAAUCGUUGUCCAGCAGUUCGACAACUACAAACAAAGAGCCCAGUGAUAGUCACAGUGGCGAGUGUCCGACACCGACACAAAGUCUGCAACAAACCGGCUCAUCGACAAUUGUAGCCGGUGGAUCGUCAAAUCAAAGCUUGAAUCAAUCACAAUUCUUGAGUCAUUCAACUUCAUUGCAGCAACAAAAUUGGAAAAUUCAACAGCCACGACUUCGAUUUGUGUCAUCCGUCGAAUUCAGAUCCGUCGAAGUGCGUCAUUCAUCCGGUGAAACAUCCACGACUCCCCUAUCACCAGAGAGUCCGGUUGAUGACAGUUCCAGUGAAGCUCAACGACCAUCCAGAUUACAGCGAUCGAAGGCCCAGAGCCGAAAAACAUUCCGGAUUCGACGUGGACGUCAAAAUCAUGGCGAGACACUGUCUCAUUCAACUGAUAAUUCACAAGAGAUUCCAGUGGCCAAACCACCUUUGCUGACCGAUGUGUCAUGGGAUUCGGUUUCGCAAACAUCAUCAACCAGUGGCUAUCGCGACAAUUACAGCUUUCAAACCAGUCUUCUGUCUCCGGACGGAUCAUUGUCUGGCACAGCUCCGUUAGCUCGAUCGUCAUCGCAGCAUUCAUUGAUAAUGUUAUUCGAAGCGCAGGAUGAGGACACCUUAAUUUGAAAGUAGCUUAAAGAAAAUGCGAAAAGCCAAAGAAACAAAAAUUGAGCAAACAGUGUAGGAAGAACUUAGAAAAUUAGUAUAUGCAAAGCGUGUUCUAGGUAGUGAAAUUUGAUGUCAACAAAGAAAAUUUUUAAUAAGAAAAACAUUCUCUAGGCGUAUGUUGUAGGUAGCAGUAAAGCUUCAAAAUACUUUGAAUUCGAGAGGCCAGACAAAAUGGUAAUAAAUUUGCGAUUGUUUUAGGAUUAUAUUUAAAAAAAAAAAAUUGAAGAAAUUUACACCGCACGUUGAUGUUAUAUGAGUGGCCUAUAAAAAUCGUAAAUGUCCUAGCGUUUACUUUUCAUUGGCAUUAGAAAUAAAUUCGAUUCUGUACGAAGAAACAA